UGUCUAUGGUAUUGACUAAUUGACAUUUGCCAAAUCAGCUCGGGUCGGUCCGUCUGGUAAUUUUUUAAUAAAAUCAAGUUAUCACUCGGUUUGAAUGAAUUUGUAUUGAAAUAGUAAUUUUUUGCUAGAUUAUCUAGCUUAAAGUAGGCACAUGUAUCUUUGAUCGGGGUGAUAUGGCGACUUACGAGGACUUCAUCCAACAAAAUGAAGACAGGGAUGGUAUACGCUUUACGUGGAACGUGUGGCCUUCAAGUAGAAUCGAAGCUACAAGACUUGUGGUACCCUUAGUGUCAUUGUACCAACCCCUGAAGGAGCGGCCGGAUUUGCCUCCGAUUCAAUAUGAACCUGUGCUAUGUACACGCAAUACUUGUCGUGCAGUGUUAAAUCCAAUGUGCCAAGUGGAUUACAGGGCCAAGCUAUGGGUCUGCAACUUCUGUUUCCAGCGAAAUCCGUUUCCGCCUCAAUAUGCAGCAAUAUCAGAGCAGCAUCAACCAGCAGAGCUGAUUCCAAACUUCUCUACAAUAGAGUAUACCAUAACAAGGGCUCAAAGCAUGCCCCCCAUCUUUCUAUUGGUUGUAGAUACAUGUUUAGAUGAAGAGGAGCUUGGGGCUCUUAAAGAUUCUCUUCAAACGUCGCUUAGUUUGAUGCCACAGAAUGCACUCGUUGGCCUCAUUACAUUUGGCCGUAUGGUACAAAUACAUGAAUUAGGUACUGAGGGCAUAUACAAGUGCUUUGUAUUCAAGGGCACUAAAGAUUUAACAGCUAAACAGAUACAAGAGCAAUUAGCGAUUGGUCGUGUGAACGCACCAAAUACACAACAAAGACAAGGAGCCCCUGCUCCUCAACCACCGGCACACCGUUUCUUGCAACCAGUCAAACAAUGUGACAUGGCUCUAACAGACCUGCUGAGCGAACUGGGCCGCGACCCCUGGCCAUUGGGUGUUGGGAAACGUCCUUUAAGAAGUAGUGGCGUUGCAUUAUCAUUAGCCAUAGGUUUAUUAGAAGUCACUUACCCUAACACUGGAGCAAGAGUUAUGCUGUUCCUCGGUGGCCCCUGCUCCCAAGGUCCAGGUCAAGUGGUAAACGAUGAACUGAAGCAGCCAAUCCGAUCUCAUCAUGACAUUCAUAAGGAUAAUGCAAAGUAUAUGAAGAAGGCUAUAAAGCAUUAUGAAGCAUUAUCACUGAGGGCUGCAACUAAUGGUCACGCUAUUGAUAUUUAUUCCUGUGCCUUGGACCAGACUGGUUUAAUGGAAAUGAAGCAGUGCUGUAAUUCAACAGGAGGUCACAUGGUAAUGGGAGAUUCAUUUAAUUCCUCACUUUUCAAGCAAACGUUCCAGAGGGUCUUUUCCAAAGAUCAAAAAGGAGAUUACAAAAUGGCGUUUAACGGUACUUUAGAAGUUAAAUGCAGUCGGGAACUUAAAAUAAGUGGUGCAAUAGGCUCCUGUGUGUCCCUCAAUGUGAAGGGUCCAUGCGUGUCUGAUCAGGAGGUCGGCAUGGGCAACACUUGUCAAUGGAAGAUGUGCACCUUCACACCUAGCACUACCAUGGCUAUAUUCUUUGAGGUGGUGAACCAACACGCGGCGCCGAUGCCGCAGGGUGGGCGCGGCUGCGUGCAACUCAUCACGCAGUACCAGCACUCCAGCGGACAGCGGCGCGUGCGUGUCACCACCGCAGCCAGGAAUUGGGGCGACGCAGCGGUGAACCUGCAGCACAUCUCGGCGGGCUUCGACCAGGAGGCGGCGGCGGUGGUGAUGGCGCGGCUGGUGGUGUACCGCGCCGAGCAGGAGGACGGGCCCGACGUGCUGCGCUGGCUCGACCGGAUGCUGAUACGAUUGUGUCAGAAGUUCGGCGAGUACGCCAAGGACGACCCGAACAGCUUCCGCCUGUCGGAGAACUUCAGCCUGUACCCGCAGUUCAUGUACCACCUGCGCCGCUCGCAGUUCCUGCAGGUGUUCAACAACUCGCCCGACGAGACCACGUUCUACAGACACAUGCUGAUGCGCGAGGACCUGACGCAGUCGCUCAUCAUGAUCCAGCCGAUCCUGUACUCCUACAGUUUCGGCGGGCCGCCCGAGCCGGUGCUGCUCGACACCUCGUCCAUACAGCCCGACCGCAUCCUGCUCAUGGACACGUUCUUCCAAAUACUCAUAUACCAUGGCGAGACGAUAGCGCAGUGGCGAGCGCUGCGCUACCAAGACAUGCAGGAGUAUGAGAGCUUCGCGCAGCUGCUCCGCGCGCCCGUUGACGAUGCGCAGGAGAUCUUGCAGACUCGCUUCCCUGUGCCGCGGUACAUCGACACCGAGCACGGAGGGUCUCAGGCACGGUUCCUGCUGUCCAAAGUGAAUCCUUCGCAGACACACAACAAUAUGUAUGCCUAUGGCGGGGCGAUGCCGAUACCAUCUGCGGACGGUGGCGCUCCCGUGCUCACAGACGACGUUUCACUCCAAGUCUUCAUGGAGCAUUUGAAGAAGUUAGCCGUCUCGUCGACCGCGUAAAAAAGAUCGAUAUCUUUUUCCUUUCCAAAUAUACUGUUUAAUUUUUAUUUGUAUAACAUAAUAAUAGCUAUUAUUUCAAGCCCUUUCAUAUUUAUAUAAUAUAUAUUUUUUAAAAUUUUUUGGUAAAUAAUAAUUUUUCUUCUAUUAAAUUAUUUUAUGAAAACGGAACCAUUAAUAAUGAAGUUUAAACAGGAUUUAAUUUUUUACUACCUUGUCUCGCUCUUUGUCACAUUUACAACUUUAUAUUGAUUAUGAAUAAAAUUGUUAAUUUAGUUUUCAAAAUUAUAAUUGAACAUUUGAAAUCGACAUUUCUGCCAACAUUUAAAUAAAUAAUUUAAUUUAAUUCUAAGCGUAUUAAAUGUUGUGGUCAGAGAAUUUUAGUUAUAUUUUCUACCUUGUAAAGUACCGUAGAAAUAAAUGAUUAUUAUUAUUUAAAGGAG